AUGGAGCAGCGCGGGAGCGGCGGGAAGGGCUACGUCGUCGCGGACGACCGCGCGACGCGGACGCACGACAACGAGGAGUACCGCCCCGGGGACCCCGUCGUCCUGGUGCGCCUCUUCGACCGCACGGGCGCGGACACGCGCCGCUUCACCGUCCGCAUCUACCGCGCGAACGGCAGGAGCGUUCUCCGAAAGCUCGACUCGGGCGACGGCCGCGAGGACCAGCCCGUCGUCGGCGGCACCACCGCCGUCGCGCCACGCGCGACGUACACGAUCACCUCGGCCGCCGAGCGCGCGAUCACGACCGCGGCGGCGCACUGA